GGCGGGGGGUACAAAAGGGAGCCGGCUGCGGUCGGAUGUCGGUAGAGCCUCUUUAGGUCAUUCUCUCAGACUUUGCUCAUUCUUGGGCAUGGCCACACCGUGUGUGAUCCUUCUAACUAUACUUGGAGCAGAAGUAGCCGGCAAGUCCCCUGAAAGUUUGGAAUCGGAGCUCGAGUGUUGCGAGGACACGAUGGAGAUCAAUACCACCUGCCUAGCCAACAACCAGUGCCGUCCAGGCUGCUACAGGCAGUGGAACGAAGACGGCAGCAGCAGCUGCAUCAAGUGCGAGAAUGAAACCGUCCCUGCCACGCCAGCUUACAAUCUGACCGACUGCAGGAACAGUGGCACCAGAGGAAUGAACUCCCACGUCAAUUCAAGUAGCCUCUCCCCGGUUCCACACAGCACAGGGCGGCUGGAAGUAGCAGCUUCUCUCAUCUUCGGGACAUUCUUUCUCAGCCUCUUGCUCAUCAUGUGCGUCGCUUCGUUCUUCUACCUCAAACGUGCCAAUAAACUUCCAAACCUCUUCUACCGACGAAGCAAAGGAUCUGUUGUGCAGUCUGCUGAAACAGCGUCAAUGUUAUCUCCACCUUCUUCAGUGCGCAAGCCCCGAUACGUCAGGAGAGACCGAUCGCUCAUGACAUCCGGCGCCAGCACGGCCAUCUCUGCAGAAACGAGGGUCAGCAACGUUUAGGGGGUGGUAUUGUGCUCCCCCCCCCAAGAUUUAUGAAUACUGGCACAGCUGAAGAAAUGCGCACCCCAGCUCCAGGAAAGUGCCGGGAACAACACCUGAAGUAGCUAGAAAUGGGGGGGAAAUUGAGCCGGUCUGUCUACAGAGAACGGGCUUGGGUCAGCAAGCAGAGAACGAAGAAGAAAGGUGAAAACGGAGUUUCUCUUCAGGUGAGAGCCAAGCCAGGGAGCGGCUCUUGGCGGGUCCGCUGAGCCACUUCGCCUUUUGGAAUUGCCGUGGUCCAGCAAGAGAAUCUGCUCCUUUUGGGGGACGCUGCAAGCACAGCAGACUACUUCCUCGGGGCCACCAUCGUCUCUCCGGCCGCCAACGAAGAGGCCUCAGUCGGGUCCAGCGAUGCCAUUGGGCAGGCUUGCCAAGCAGUGCCCGGUUCCCCCCCCCCCCUUCAUGAACACAAAGUGCCACGUUCCGAUGCUUGCGGGAGGCGUUGAGUGUCUCUGACAUAAAGAUGCCACGUGCCCCAGCCGGAGACCACUCCGCCUACGCGAUACUCCCUUCCCCGAGUUGCUUCUAAGUUUGGGUUCGAACGAGGCCUUUAAGCGCCCGUCAGCGCUGGCCAUCGGCUGAGCCCUGAGCCGACGAGAACAGUGUUGUUUCUUUCCGCCUCUCCCUUUUAAACCUGCACUUCAGGAGGGCGAGAAUUCCUCUUCUGGGCAAGACGGACCUCAGGUUGCGCAGAUGACUGCUUUAAUUCUCUAGGGGUGGGUCUACUAAGUACAGCGGGGGAUGCUUGUGAAACUGUAGACCCUCCUUUUCCCUCCCCCCAGGUAAGCAAAGGUGGGGCGCUUUUGAUUGGUUGUUUGCCUCUUUUGGGGGGGGGGCCGAAUUUGAGUGAAUGAAAUGUUGGUCCAGGCUGAGAGUAUCUCUAGCAGCCUCUGAUCCCUAGACAGGGAGGAAAUUCGAACGCUGGCAUGGUUGAUCCAUUUCUGUGUUUCCUUUUCAUUUUCCUCCUCCAUGGCCACCCUAGACAAGGCCAGGUGCCUCUCAGUUUCUGCUGGUUCAUGCUCAGGCAGUUUGGGGACAGCCCUCUGCCGAAGCCCUCUUCUCUUUUAGACUGCCUUGUGCACAGAUUCUGCAGCCUGAAUUCUUCCCCGCUUGCCUCCUUCCGAAACUGAAUGGGGGUCCUUGCUGUCCCUACAGAGGAGGCUUUGGGGGUCCAGGGUCACACAAAGACAUUCUUUUUUGUCACGGGAAUCUUUUUUUGAUGACAUUUUGUUAAAAAAAAGCUCCUUUUUUUUGGCGACUGGAAUUCCUCUUCCAGACAGCAGCAGCAUCCUCUGUUUUUAAUGUUUUUAAAGCGUUUAUCUAGGCGGGGCCAAGCAGGGGGGAAUAAAACCAGCAAGGUAAAAGCAGCAAGAGUUCCGCGAGCGACAGACGCCACGUGCCAACGUCGAGAUCGGGAACGACACCCGGGCCUCCAGCCGAGGCAUUUCCAAAUUAUUUGCAUGGUUGUCUCCGGCAUCGUUCCCCCACCACCACCCAAAGGCAGAGGAGGGCAAUCAGACCUUUUUCCUGGGCUCUACCGCUUUGGGCCGUUGGUGAGGGUCCACGUGGCCGAACAGUUCUGAAGACAAAUAACGUGGAAGGAGAGACUCUAGCUCAGUUAGCUCCACGGCACGCGGGUGGGAACGUGGCUGCCUGAAGCGGUGCGAUCCAGACCCACCUUCGCCGCCACCUCCGCUCUUCACGAAGUGGACUUCCGUAGGGCCGGGAAAACCUUCCCACCCGAAGGUCGCCGGUCUGGUUGUGGGAGAGAACGGCCUCAUCCUUUGCAUGCACACGUCUGCAGCUUUCUCUCCAGCAUAGGUGCCACGUCUGGCUGGUGGCGUUUGUUUAUUAUUUCAUUCCCACGUAUCCUUUUGACUCUUAUCUCCUUGGCCCGCUUGCAUUUUCCCCCACAUCGCUUUUUUGUUUCCCCCCAGCCGGGAAUUUCAGUGGGGGAGCGCCGGCGGAGGAGGCUCGCAAACUUCCGAGGAGGCGCAAUCGCCAUGCAACAAAAGCGUGCGAAGGAAUGGCAGCUGGAGGAGAUGGGGGAGUAGUCUUCUCUCAAACAGAAGCCAAUUCUUUCUUAAGUUGGGGUUUUGGGGGGGGGGGGAGUAAGACACAAUUUUGACACGAGCCCUUGCCCUGUCCAAGUUGCCCUCGAAAGCUGUGUGUGGAUCUCACCCCUCCCUUGUAGGUCAUGCAAGAUCUGUGUGGUGUUUUUCUCAAGGGGGAAGUUUUACUGUGUUAAAAGUGGGGCGUGUGUGUGUGCGUGUGUGUGUGUUCCAUGUCAUUGGAAGCAGGGGAAGCCGUGUCCCUUUGCCAGUCUCAGGUGGGGAAGUGGCCACAGCGUGCCCCUCGACUCUUUAUCACUGGGUAGGAUCAGCUGCUAAAUGUUUCUUUUGCACUCCUGUGUCAAAAUGCAGAAAAUGUUGUAUAUUUUGGUCCUGUCUUUUUUUUUUACUCCCCCCCCCCCAUCUUUAAUAAAAAAAGCACACCAAA